AUGGCUCCUCGUCUUCUCACAACUGGCCUGCUGGCCACAGUCAGCUACAUCCUCCCGGUGUCGGCUCAGCUGUCUGGAACGGUUGGACCGACCACGUCCACCUCGGCCAAGGCUGCCACCAAGGUGUGCAACAUUAUGGACUACGGUGGUGUGGCGGACGCGACGACAGACAACAGUGCCGCCAUCACCUCGGCCUGGACCGACUGUGCCUCUGGUGGUGAGGUCCUCAUCCCGGCUGGUGAUUAUGGCCUGGAGACCUGGGUCACCUUGAGCGGAGGCUCGGGCGUGUCCAUUAAUCUGGAGGGCAUCAUCUACCGCACGGGUACCGCUGACGGCAACAUGAUUGGGAUUGAGGACAGCACGGAUAUUGAGAUCUACUCUGCCACGUCGGCCGGUGCCAUCCAGGGCUAUGGCUAUGAGUUCCACAAGGACGGAGAGUACGGUGCUCGUCUCAUGCGGUGCACCAAGUGUGUCGACUUUAGCAUCCACGAUAUCAUCCUCGUGGAUGCCCCCCAGUUCCAUCUUUCUCUGGACACCUGCAGCAAUGGAGAGGUGUACAACAUGAUCAUCCACGGAGGAUACGAGGGAGGCCUGGACGGUAUUGAUGUCUGGGGCAGCAACAUCUGGGUUCACGACAUCGAGGUCUCGAACAAGGAUGAGUGCGUCACGGUCAAGGACCCGUCCAACAACCUCCUCAUCGAACAGGUGCACUGCAACUGGUCUGGAGGCUGCGCCAUGGGCUCCCUCGCCUCUGGCAUUGACAUCUCCGACAUUGAGUACAACUACAUCUACACCCACGACUCGAACCAGAUGUAUAUGAUCAAGUCCAACGGCGGCAACGGAACCGUCAAGAACCUCGCCUUCAACAACUUCAUGGGCCACUCCAACGCCUACACCCUGGACUUUGACACCGCCUGGAGCAGCAUGGACGUCGUGGCAGGCGACGGCAUCGACUACUCCAACAUCACCUUCAGCGGCUGGACCGGUACCUGCGCUGAUGGCGAGGAGAGAGGCCCCGUCAAGGUCAACUGCCCCGCGGAGGUGCCUUGCGAUGAUAUCACCAUCGAGGAUUUCAACGUCUGGACCGACAGCGGCAGUGAGGUCCUCUACGGCUGCCAGAACGCCUACGGCACUGGAGCCUGCCUGGUUUCCGGAGAUGCCAAUGCCGCCUACACGACCACCCAGACCACUGACUGUCCUCUCUCUUUCUCUCCGGUAGUGGACAACGAGCUCUCCACCGGCUACGACAUCUCGUCUUCCAUCCCCAUCCCAAGCAUGCCUGCCUCUUUCUACCCUGGCAGGGCACCCAUCUCGGCCAUCCUGGCUGGGUCUUCCUCCGCAACGACGGCUGCCGCUGAGGCCGUUGCUGCAGCCUCGACCACCGGUGCUGCUGCGGCUGCCACCGGUGGCAGCGCCCGCGCCAGCUCAUCCGCCCCAGUGGCCACGUCCGCCGCCGCCAGCUCUACUUCGGUCGCCAGCUACACCGCUGCGGUUACCUCUGCUGCCCAGGCGAAGCCGUCGUCUGGUGGCCACAGUGGUCACGGCCAGGGUGGCUGGGGUGGAUUCUUCGGCAAGGGCAGCUUUGAGAAGGCUGGUGUCCCUGGCAAGAGGUCGGCCAAGCUUCGUUACUAG